UGAAACCGGAUGGUCUAAGUGAUGACUCUGAGACAGAAAUAUUCAGUAGAAUUUCUAGUGACACUAACGCAUCAUCAUAUGUCUCGUCAAGAACCUUUUCGGAAAUUCAUAGUAUGGGUCCUUAUUCUACAACAGGUUCUAUAAUUGCUGAUUCUUUUUUGAAAUUAAGAAGUGAGGUCCUGAGUGCUAAUAUCGUAAGACGUGGCUCCAAAACUUUUGCUGUUUAUUCCAUAUCUGUUACAGACAUGAACAAUAAUAAUUGGUCUAUCAAAAGAAGGUUUCAACAAUUUGAGGAGCUACACUGGCGUCUUAAGGAGUUUCCGGAGUACAAUCUUCAUUUACCUCCCAAGCAUUUCCUCUCUUCAAGUCUGGAUGUUUCUGUCAUUCGAGAACGGUGCAAAUCACUUGACAUAUAUUUGAAGGUGAUACUUUAAUAGACGGCAUGUGACAGUCCCUUCCUUUAGCAAUCAAUAUUACUUUCUUCCAGAUCAUAGUGACAU